UCAUCACCGUCUGCUCAGAUAGGACUCUGAUGUUGCGCAUGGAGAACGUGUCCUACGUGGCCCUGAAGCAGCCCAUCGUGUUUGAGCUGGAGGGCUUUGAAGUGUCUCGGAGCCAUGGUUACCCCCUGUUUGCCCUGGUCCUGGCCAUCUACUUCCUGGUGCUGCUGGGGAACGUGGUUGUGAUGGGUGUGAUUGCAAUAGAUAAGACGCUACACAAGCCUAUGUACGUGAUGGUAUGUAACCUGGCUGCCUGUGACCUGCUGGGAGGAACGGCUGUGAUGACUCAGCUCAUGGUCAUCUUCCUGAUGGGGGAGAAGAGGAUUCCAUACAACAGUGCCUAUGCUCAGGCCAUCUGUGUUCACACCUAUGGUGCAGCUGUACAGACCAUACUGUCAGCCAUGGCCUAUGAUAGGUAUGUGGCAGUGUGUGAACCAUUGAGGUACCAUGCAAUCAUGACCACGGCCCACAUGGUUUUUGUGAUCUUGCUGGCCUGGGCUGUAGCAAUCAUCCUUAUAGCUGUGCUCUUCGCUUUGAAUGUGGGUACUCCACUAUGUGGCACCUACAUCAGGCAUGUCUACUGCAGCAACCGUUCCAUCCUGAACCUGGCCUGUGUGCCCACCCCCAUUAACGAUAUCUACGGUUUGUGCAUGACUUGGAUUCUCAGCAGCAGUUCCUUCCUCAUCAUCUUUUUCUGCUAUUCCAAGAUCCUGUCAGCCUGUCUGAUGAGGAAGAGUGGCAAGGGCAGUCGUAGUAAGGCCCUACAGACCUGCGCCUCUCACCUGGUCAUCUACUUGAUCUUCGAAAUUGUCAGCCUCAUCAUUAUCCUCAGUAACCGCCUCCCCCAGGUCCCAAUGAACAUCAAGAAGUUGUGCACUAUCCUGAUCUUCAUCGUUCCCCCUCUAAUUAACCCUAUCAUCUAUGGAUUUGUCACUAAAGAGUUACGCACAAGCAUUAUAAAGCUGUUGAAAACACGGGUCGCACUCAAACUGUAAAAUGUUUGACAGUUUACUGUGGCAUCCCCACCGUACCCAUCGUUCCAGAUAGAGAACAUGCAUAUAAUAAUAACAGAGGUCAUCUAACAGGUUGCAGGGAAAAAAAUAUGGCCAAUGUAAAAUAAAUCUGAAUGAAGUGAAUUUACUGUAGUGGCCUCCAGUGGGUCCCCAAAGUGCUGUACAGUAUGGCUUAGUGAGCAUUGAAUGUGUAGUGGGCUCCAGUGGGUCCCCAAAGUGCUGUACAGUAUGGCUUAGUGAGCAUUGAAUGUGUAGUGGGCUCCAGUGGGUCCCCAAAGUGCUGUACAGUAUGGCUUAGUGAGCAUUGAAUGUGUAGUGGCCUCCAGUGGGUCCCCAAAGUGCUGUACAGUAUGGCUUAGUGAGCAUUGAAUGUGUAGUGGCCUCCAGUGGGUCCCCAAAGUGCUGUACAGUAUGGCUUAGUGAGCAUUGAAUGUGUAGUGGGCUUGUAGUAGGAAUACAGUAUUUGUUUGAAAACAAUUAUAAUUAAAAGUUACAUUCCAAAAGAGAUAGCAGAUAAUACAAGCAUGACAUGAUGUGUGUCUCUAGCUCAUGCUGUUUCAUUUCCAUGGUGGUUAGAAUAUGACACAUGACUUUGUUGUGCCAUUGUGAAUUUGUGUAGCUGUUACAUUUGUUUUGUUAUUCAAAUGACAGCAUGUUCAAUGUGAAUAAUAAGUAAACAUACAUGAUACCAUUCAUUGGGAAUGCCUACUUUAAAAAAUAUUUUUUUUGCAGCCCUUAUAAUAAUAUACAACUGAAACACAAUUGUCUUGAUUUGCACCAUCACUUGGAACAUAAUAAUAUGAAAUAAGGCAUGAUGGGACUAUGAAGUGUGGCAGGUAGCCUAGUGGCAGGUAGCCCAAGUCGACUAGGUGAAUAAUCUGUCGAUGUGCCCUUGAACAAAGCACUUAUAGCGCAUU